AUGGCCAUCACCGCCCACGCGCCCGACUUGCCCGUCCAGCAACCCCUGACAGAUCACCCAGUCGUCACCGAACCCCCGCUCGAAGCGAAACUCCUCCUCGCUCAAGCGGUCGUCCAGCUCGGGACUGCAGACUGGACUCGGGUUGCGGAGAUGCUGGACCAGAGCGAGUGCUGGCCAAAAGAGGCGGGGAGGAUGACGAGCCAGGGGUAUGAGGCGGCUUUCGAGGUGCUGAUGCGCAAGAAGGGGCUCGACGUGACUGGCUGUCAACAACCUCGAGCACGACCAGCGCGCAAGCUCGUCCACACGCUCUACGCCUCCCUCCUCACCUCCCUCCGCGAUUCGCUCCUCUCGACCUACGCUGAAGAAGCACGAUUGAAUGCCGAGAUCGCCGAGAUCCGAGAGGGAAAGAAGGACUCGGCCCUCGCAGCCGCCGCACCCGCAGAAACCUCCUCAGGAGCAGCAAACGCCGAAGCCGGUCCUUCGGGCUCCUCAAGCGCUCGCAAGCCUCUUUCUGCUGCGACUGAAGCUGGUGCGGAUGGCGAGGCUGAAGGAGAGGGCGAAGCGGAGGAAGAGGGCGAGAGCGAGACGACGCCUAAGAAGGCCGCGAAGAAGCGCGGUGGGGGGCGGAAGAGCGGGCGGACGAAGAAGGCUGGAAGAGCUGGGACGGUCGAUGAGGAAGAGGAGGUAGAGGCUGUGGUCGAUGAGGCGGUUGUAAAAGAAGAAGAGGAGGAGGGAGAGGGUGUAGGCGAAGAAGAGGAAGAGGGAGAGGACGAGCAGGAAGAAGAAGAGGAAGAGGAGGAGACGAAGCCAAAGAAGGGCGGGAGGAGGAAGGGCAGGACUGCCGCAGCUACGGCGGCGAAACGAGCCGCCAAGAAGCGCAAGGUCAGCGAACCGCCUGCGGCUUCACCUCCACCUGGCGCAGCGGACGAUGGCGGGAGAAAGCGGAAACGGGUCAAGACAACGGAGGAGCCGGUCGAGGAGAGUGAGAAAGACACCAAGGCCGCCGCUCAACGCCGCAAAGUCGCCUUCACCCGCAUUGUCGAGCAACUCCAAGCGGAGCGCUACUCGCACUUUUUCGAAUCGCGCGUGACCAAGUCGAUCGCGCCGAUGUACAACGUCGCUGUCCGCCGCCCGACUUGCCUCCGCGACAUCACAAAGGCGAUCAAGAGCGGGGCCAUCUCGACCAAUACCGAGUUAAUGAGGGAUGUUGCGCUGCUGUGCGCGAAUGCGAUACAGUUCAAUGGCGAUGAGGGCGAAGACAGUGUCGGGUACUGCGCCAAGUUGCUGUGGGAGCGGUUCGAGAGGUUGAUGGACGAGACACUCGCAACGGAGUUCACAGCGGGAGAGGCGUAG